GAUCACCCCCGAACCAAUCGAACGAAAUGAAAUUACUAAGAUGGAAGAGCGUGUCCAGUCGCUUAGCUACGAAGCCUACACUGUCGGUAUCUUGUGCGCGCUAGAAUUCGAGAUGAGCGCUGUCCGCUACAUGCUGGACAAAGAACAUGCCCGUUUGCCCAGAAAGCUAGGCGACUCGACUCUGUAUGUCCUCGGAGAGCUCAGCGGCCACAACGUGGUUCUUGCCACCCUUCCCGGCAGCCAGGGGAAGGGCGCGGCAGCGGCGGUGGCAAAGGAUAUGGCGCGUACGUUCCCGUCGAUCGAGCUUCGGUUAAUGGUCGGUAUCGGAGGAGGCGUGCCGAGCGGAAAGAAUGACAUUCGCUUGGGCGACGUUGUGGUGAGUGUGCCCGACGGCGAGCAUGGCGGCGUGGUUCAGUACGAUCUGGGCAAGAACACGGACGACGGCUUCGUCAUGAAAGGAUUCCUUUGGCCGCCACCCGAGAUUUUGAGGAGUGCUGUGGGUAUUAUGCGGUCCGACCACAGGGUUUCGCAAAACAAGAUCCCUGAGUUCCUAUCGGCCAUGUUUCAGAAAAGCGACGAUCUUCGCGUCUCAUACCAGCGGCCUGUAGAGCCGGAUGAGCUCUUCCAGUUGGAAUAUCGUCAUGUCCCCAACCAAGCCACCUGUCAGCUCUGUGACAAGACAAAACGGGUCCAGCGUCUGCUGCGUGAACCGACCCCCAAGAUUCAUUAUGGGCUUAUUGCGUCUGGAGACCAAGUCAUGCGGAGCGCCCCGAACGCGGCCGAAAUGGAUGGGAGGGUGGUUGGCGAUGUCCUGUGUUUCGAGAUGGAGGCGGCGGGCAUGGCGACCCAGUACUCGUGCAUCGCCGUCCGGGGCGUCUCGGAUUACGCAGACUCACACAAGAACGACGCCUGGCAGCAUUAUGCUGCGGCUGCGGCUGCGGGGUGCGCUAAGGAGCUCCUUUCGUAUGUGGACCUGCCGCAGCCUUCCACGACGACAGCAGCCGUCGGUCAGCAUGGAUUCGACUCGUCUAUGGGCAACGGUCCAGCUGCGCAACACAUCUUCCGCGGCCAGGGCGUUCAAAACUCGGGGUCUGGCAAUGUCUCCAUAGGGAAGGACCUGAACAUCGGUAGGAUUAAUUCAUGGUGAAGGGACUUAGACUUUCGGCUAUCUGGCAUGCCGUUAUCUACAUCCUGUCGCGGGAAUGGCUGGAAGUGAUGACCAAAUGCUCUCAUUUCCAAGCCUGUCAAGAUUCGUCAACAGCGCCAGGU